AUGAUUCAAGCUCAGUCGAAUACGAACAUAUGUUCAAAUACAGGGGCAUUAGAUAAAGUGUCGGGAUGUUAUGAUGCAGUGAGACUAGCAUCGGGUAAAGAUAUCAGAUGGCUAUCGAGUGAUUGUUGCAAAGCAGUGAAAACACUUCCCGAUUGCCUCUUGAUGGUAUAUCCUGACAGAGCUUACAGAACUAGUAUUUUUAAAAGCAUUUGUGUUCAAAAGUUCCCGGGAUCUAUUUUAUAA